ACUCUGUCAAUAAACACUGAUAAUUAGCCUUGGACAUAUUGAACGAUAUUGUUUUAAUGCUCGGACAUCCGCAUCGUUAUCUGCACUUUACGUUGCUGUCAUCCGGACUCCACUUCCAAGUUUUUAUGUAAGUUGUUGAGUGGUGGUUUGGGUAUGCAAAAUUGGUCGGAAUUACUAAUUAGUGUGUCUUUAGACUGGGUGCCCAUCCUGUUUCAUGGUUGAAGGCUGUAAUCAUCCACAGGCAGAUGGUAGUUGGUGUCACCGAAAAUGGCUAUCAACAUCAAUCGAGAGGUUGAAGAUACCUUUUACAGGUACAAGAUGCCGAAGCUUGCUGCCAAGGUGGAGGGGAAAGGAAAUGGUAUAAAAACGGUCAUCGUUAAUGUCUCGGACAUAGCGAAGGCAUUGUACCGGAAACCCAUAUAUCUCACGAAGUUCUUUGGAUGCGAGCUAGGGGCACAGAUCCACGUAGACGAGAAGAAUGAACGCUAUAUUGUCAAUGGAGCCCACCAAGCAGAUAAGCUGCAAGAACUACUAGAUGGUUUCAUUAAGAAGUUUGUUUUGUGUCAAAGUUGUGGGAAUCCGGAGACCACUAUGCAUGUUAACAAAAGAGGCGGUACGGUUGCUACCACGUGCAAAGCGUGUGGCAGUCAGGGACAGCUAGAUGUCACCCACAGACUGACUCAGUUCAUUGUGAAAAAUCCUCCAGAGCCAGAAGUUACUUCAGCCAAGGCAAAGCAAAAGAAGGGGAAAAAGACAAAAGGAGAGAAUGAAAAGACUUCAGACGACGACAACGAGGGCAACGCCGGUGGUGGUGAUGAGAACAACCGCAACAGUCCAGUUAACGCUGACGAAGAAGAUGAGGAUGAAGACUGGCUGGAAGACACUACUGAGGAGGCACGACGUCAGAGGAUGAGCACCUUGUCAGCUAUGGCGAAGUCGCUAGCUCUGUGUGACGAUGUAGAACGCUCUGAAACUGAGAGAGCUGAUAUUUUCUUCAAACAUUUGUCCCAAAUGUACCAGUCUGGCGAAGUCCUGUCACGUCGUAAAGAGCUAAAGUUGGAGGCUGAUCGUCUUAGUCUCGGUCCACGUGCUGUGUUGGUUAUUGCUGAAGUGCUGUUCAACAACCCUUCUACCAUACUAGGUGAUAUUAAGAAGUACUCUCCACUACUACUACUCUUCACGCGGUCUGGUGAAGAUCAGAAACGAGCUCAGAUGUACACGUGGGGUGCAAUGGCAAAGCUCAUCGAGAGGCACGCAGAUCAAAAUCUGAUCAGCAAAGCAUGUCAUCUCCUGAAAGCUUUGUAUGAUAACGACAUUAUCGAAGAGGAUGUUAUUCUGGCAUGGUACGACAAAGGGCCAUCUAAAAAGUUCGUAUCUCGUGAAUUGAGUGCUAAGAUUCUAUCUCGCUGCGCACCCAUGGUGACAUGGUUGAGACAAGCGGAGGAGGAAGAGUCAGAAAGUUCCGACGAGGAGACUGAGACCAGUAGCCCAAAGGUGCCCCAACCAACUAAUGGUGUGAAUGGCACAAGUGCCGUUGCUACCAACGGGACAGACGCCGAAGAAGACGAUGUUGACAUCGAUGCUAUUUAAACCCUGCUUCCGUGUUGCCGCAUAGUUUUAAUUGACCUGCCCUCUGUGGCUUCGGCUUUUCUUUUAUGUUUUCACUGGGUUUAUUCGAAUAAAUGUACUUCAUAAUCCCAUGAUUGUCAUUUUGCCCUUUGGUAAAUAGCUUGAGCUGUGUUGUUCGGUUCGUUUGUGUAGGAGUUAUUGCUGUAUGU